AUGCAGAGAGCUUCCAUUCUCUGUUCUUCAAACCCAAUUCCCAGUUUUCCCCCGACCUCUCAUAGACUCGUCGCUCCGCUUCAAAGUCGACGUGCUGAAUCAGUUCCCUCACCCCUCCGGUUGCCCUUGACUCGUCUACACAAUUACCGCCUUGCCCUCCCUCCUCUGCACAGCACUGUCACUGAAGAGAUUGUUGAGACUGCUGAGAUUGAAUCAGGAUUCACUAAAGUUGGGUAUAUUUCCAAUGUCCACGGGCUUCAAGGGGAGAUUCGUGUGAAACCCAGCACUGACUUUCCUGAAUUGCGGUUUUCCAAGCCUGGAAAAAGAUGGCUGAGACAACAAAUUUCCGGCAGAGAAACAGUUCAAGAAGUUGAGCUGGUGGAGGGAAGAGGACACCCUGGCCAGAAGAGUUGGAUACUUAGAUUGAGAGGAAUUGAAACAGUGGACGAGGCUAGGCAGCUUAUUGGUUCAACUUUACUUGUGAGGGAAGAAGAUAGGCCGCAGUUGGAGGAAGGCGAACUCUAUGCUCGCGAUCUUGUUGGGAUGAGAGUUAUUCUUAAGGAAACUGGUGAACCUGUAGGAAAUGUUGUUAAUGUUUUCAACAGCGGAGCUAGUGAUCUUCUACAGGUCAUGCUUGAUACAUCUCUAGAUAUCCUUGAUUCAACUGGAAAGCCAAGGCCAACAGGAACAAGAUUAUCUGGUCACCUUGUGUGGAUACCAUUUGUCGAAGAAAUUGUUCCAAAUGUUGAUGUGCAAAGAAAAGAAAUGCUCAUUACACCUCCAAAGGGACUCCUUGAACUAAAUUUACGCUUCGAUGAGAGGUCCAAGAAAGAAAGGCGCCAGCUUGAAUGGAAAGAGAGAAAAAAGAUGCAAAAGCGCCUCAUAGCAGCAAAGAAGAAACUGUGUGAAAUGGAGCAAAAACAUGUAUUUGAUGGGUUAAGAUUUGGAGAGAAAGCACAGCGGAGCUUACUUGCUGAUCAGAUUGUUGGUGUAAAUUCAAAAUUGCUUCAACAGGCUCUGGAAAAUGUUGAGAUACUCUCUAAAAGAUGGAAUGUAACUGAGAUGGUCAGUGCCCUUAAAGCCAAAGAAACAACUAGCACUCUGGAAAUAUCAGAGGAAUGUCUCGUUUCUUCUGCAAGUAAAGAUAAGCUGGGUACACAUUUUCAUUUGCAAGAGAAAGGAGUAGAUCUCAUAUCUAAAGGGAAAGUUGCCAUUGCUUUGGUUGUAAAUGACAGUGGGAAUCCGCAAGAACCACAACUGGCCUGUAACCCUGAUCUUGAAAAUUCCGAUGGCAUUGAGAAAUCAGUAUCUCCCUUUCUUCAGACAUUACUUUGUGAUGACCAGAGAUUUAUAAAGAUGGAAAAUCGGGCAUCAGUGCCUUUGGUUCUGGUUUGCUCGGCCCAGGAAAUUCAACCUUUAAGGAUGCAUUUCUCAGAAAACAAUUACUUCGGCUUCGUCCCUGAAAAGGUUUGGUUCUUAGAGGAAGAGAAACUUCCAGUUGUCAGCAACUCGGUUGAAGCAGAGAAGAAGCAUAAGAUUUUGAUGAAAUCACCUUGGGAAAUACUUCAAUCACCUGUUGGAUCCGGAGGAAUUUUCAGUUUGCUUUCAUCAAACAAUAUUCCAGAGAGUCUUGGUGAAAUGGGUGUGGAGUAUAUUGAGGUAUGCAGCACAAAUCCAGGAUACGCUGGUGCAAACCCAGUACUUCUUGGGUUUGUUAAUUCGUGGAAAUCUGAUGUUGGGAUCCAAAUCUUCAAAGGCCGAAAGGAUUUUGUUGAAGGUUUUGACAUUAUAUUCUCAACAAGCUUUAUGAAAAAGCUGACUAAACAGAUCAAUAAACUCCAGUUCUACGCUACUCCGAAGCAAAAUUUACAUGUUGAGUUGGUGGACAAAGAGUGGGUGGAUGUUACUCCCAGCUCUCCCAACUCCUAUGAGUUGGGUUGGACGAUUUACAGCUCUUUAAAGGCCUCUUCUUUUGAUAAGCUUUGUAUAAUGGAGGUUACAGAGUAA